GACCGCGCUUCCGCAUUGGGGAGCCCGCGGCAGAUCCCGGGGAGCGGAGACCGGGGGUCCCGGCAGCGGGGCGGCCCGCGGGCCCACGGCGGGGAUGCACCGCCGCGGGGUGGGAGCCGGCGCCAUCGCCAAGAAGAAGCUAGCCGAGGCCAAGUAUAAGGAGCGGGGGACUGUCUUGGCUGAGGACCAGUUGGCCCAGAUGUCGAAGCAGUUGGACAUGUUCAAGACCAACCUGGAGGAAUUUGCCAGCAAGCACAAACAAGAGAUCCGGAAGAAUCCCGAGUUCCGAGUGCAGUUCCAGGACAUGUGUGCCACCAUUGGGGUGGACCCGCUGGCCUCUGGAAAAGGCUUUUGGUCUGAAAUGCUAGGCGUGGGAGACUUCUACUAUGAGCUGGGCGUCCAGAUUAUUGAAGUGUGCCUGGCCCUGAAGCACCGGAAUGGAGGUCUGAUAACGCUGGAGGAGCUGCAUCAACAGGUGUUGAAAGGAAGGGGCAAGUUCGCCCAGGAUGUCAGCCAAGACGACCUGAUCAGGGCCAUCAAGAAACUAAAGGCACUUGGCACUGGCUUCGGCAUCAUCCCCGUGGGCGGCACUUACCUCAUUCAGUCUGUUCCAGCCGAACUCAAUAUGGAUCACACCGUGGUGCUGCAGCUGGCCGAGAAAAGUGGCUACGUGACUGUCAGCGACAUCAAAGCCAGUCUUAAAUGGGAGACAGAAAGAGCGCGGCAAGUGCUGGAACACCUGCUGAAGGAAGGGCUGGCCUGGCUGGACCUGCAGGCCCCAGGGGAGGCCCACUACUGGCUGCCUGCUCUCUUCACUGACCUCUACUCCCAGGAGAUUACAGCCGAGGAGGCCAGAGAAGCCCUCCCCUGACCCUGGAGUGUGGAAGUGGGGGUGGCAGCAGGCAAGAAGAGGGAGGACCUGAUGGUGAAUAAAAACUGGACAACUUUGUUUAAAAAAAAACCAAACCCACAGAAAAGAUGUUCCAAAUUUUUUCCUUCCCCCAAUAUUUUUCACUUAUUACUUUAUUUCUUUUUAAAGUGCCUUCACAUUGCAUCUUUAUUGGAGGAGACCUCAUUUAUCCAGUAGGGGCAACCUGAGUAACACAGGUAACAGUGAGCACGUCAGGUGACUUGCACAGGUCACCUACAAGUCCACGGUGGAAGGCAAUCUGUCUCCUGGCUAGACAGUUCCGUCCCUUUGUAGCCCUGAGACAAAUUACAGCCUGGUAAUCCAAACCUCUUCCUUAUAAAAAUGUUCAUCUCAAAUAAGCAGAUCCUAAAAGGCCAGUAGAUUGUAUUUGCUCUUUCCGCUUCCUCUUGAAGAGGUUCCAGGUUAUAACAGUAUGAAGGAAAUAGAAGUUAAUGUUAAAUGGUGGUUAGAGGGAAGAAAACAAUGAAAUUUUAGGGAAACCAACCGAUAGUGAAUGUGGUAUUUUCAAAUUCCCAACCAGCUCUCCCGUACUGAUCACUAGGUCCUUACUAGCCUUAGCGGUGGGAAGGGAACUCCCAGAACACUUGCUCUGUGACCACUUCUAUACACACUUCUUAACCACCUUAAAAAAGUAGGUGUCCUUAACUUUGCAAACAAGGAAUCUAAUUUGCCAGUGACCAGGUUUAGCAGCAGAGCCAAAGCUAGAGCCUAGGCCCACUAACUCAAGCCCACACUUCACAUGGCACAGACUGGCCGGUCAAGACAAAAGUCCUCUGCACUGACCAGCAAAGCUCUUCCAUUGCAAAUUGGGAAGGUGGAGAUAAGCAGGAAGGCUAGUCAAGCCCAGUCUGCAGUCUGAAUGCUAAUUCCUAGGAAGGGAUGAUUUUGUACAGAAAACCAACCCAAUGGAUUAUCCAUCCUAAACCACGGUUACCAUAGCGUAAAGCUAAGCCCGUUUAUAUCUGUCUGCCCUUGUAGGACAUGGUCACUUUCCAGUUUUGGCGUUUUUUCCUUUGGAAGCCACUGAGGCUACAAUGGCACCCCUCUCCUUGACUGUCAGAGCCAGUGUCUUAAAAAAAAAAAAAAAAAAAGACCCUACUUCUGGUUGGUGGAAAACUCACCAGCAGCCCUGUUCCCACCCACAGCAUGUACGGUUUCAGCUUCCAGACGAUUCACUGAGC